UGAUCAAUAAAUUUAUGGGGUAUUUUAAGAAUAGGCCACCCUUUUAAAAGAGAGUAGCAAACUCAUCACUAUUAAGUUAAUCUGAUGAAAUAUUAUUGGAUGAUUUAUUGUUCCUAAUAUCUUGUUUCGAGAAUAAUCAUUCAGAAUUUAUAACUAAAGCCCCUUCCUAUUACAUAGAUUAAUACUUUACCUUAACAAGCGAAUAGUAAUAUGUAAUUUAUAAUUGUUUAGGGAAUUUGCAAAUUCUUAUAUAAUAAGAAAUAAAGUGUUAUUAACGUGUCACUUAAUGCUACAUGAAUUUUAAUUGGGCAUUGAUUUUGCUGACCAUUUCCUAAAUUAAAAAUUCAAUGCUUUAUUGAAUAGAAAAUCUCCAUAACUUGUCAAAACAAGCUCAUAAAAAGAGGAAUGGCUAUCAGCAAAUAUUUAAUUAAGUUACUUCUAAUAUUUGCAAAAACUUGCAGUGAACAUUUAAGUUUUCCAUGCUUGUAAAGUGUAACAAUAUCCUUUGUUUUAAGAAGGAUAAAAGUUUAUAGACAUUCAAACUAAAUUGCUUUGGCUCUUUAAAAUUAGUAAUUUGGUAAUUCUUUAAAUCAAAAAUUAAAGGUUAAUAGUGGAUUGGGAUAAAUGGAAAUCUUAAAAUAAGCACUGUAAAUGGUUCCUGAAGAUAUGCUUUUGAAAGAAAUUGUUUUAGUCUAUUGGUCAGAUAUAAUUGUAUUCUACAAUUUUCUUAGUAAAGAAGUAUAUAUCAAAAUAAAUAAAAAAAUAGAUAUUACAACUCUUAGAUUAUUAUAGACAUUUAGCAACUCAUAUUUGUCUUUAAUUUUAUGAACUCUAUUUGUAAUUGUUUUAAAUUAGAAAUUCAAUUUCCGAUCUUUAUAAAUAUCGAAAACAUUUUGAUAGAGACAACGUUAUUAAAUAACCUAAAUGGUUUGAUGUGAAUAAACCAGUUCAUAAAUAAAUUGAAGAAUUUAUGUUAAAAUAAAAAUUGAAUUUGGGAAAUCAUACAGAUAGAACCACAUUAAAACCCUAAAUAUCAAGUAGAGGAUCCAAAUCUCAGAUUGCUCUAGACACAAGAAUUGAUUUAAGUAAAUUACCAAGAAAAGAUAAUACAAUUAAAACUCAUAGAGCAGGUAGAUAAGGAGAUAGUGAUGGGGAUGAUGAAGAUUUUGAACAAUUAAAAUAGAUACUGUAAAAUUAAAAUAUCUAAACUAAAUUAACAAUGAAAAAACAAUAAUAAUAAUAAAAAUAAGAUUCUUAAGUUUCUUUUUAAAAAUAAUCUCAAGAAGAAGGAACAGAUCUACCCAAAGGAGACUGA